GAGGACAAACUAAUCACAGCAGCAGAAGAAGUAGAAGAAGAGCGCUAGCCACCGUUAGCUUGUGAGACAAACGCAGUAACGUAGCGGUAGUUCAUCCGAUGUGUGGCUAGCGUCGCUGCAGGUGUCCAAGAGAUCAUCAUAUGCUGCGAAAGAGAGGGAAGGUGACACCAAACAGUUCGUGACCGAGACAGACCUCGUUUGAGAAGAACAUGGAGAAACAGCUGCAUUUGAACCUGUUAGCCUCCAGACCUCCUGUGGCUGCAGGCUUUCAGUCCGGCUCCAAAAUGAAAAUGGGACCUGGACGGAAGAAAGAUUUCUCCCCCCUGCCCUGGAGUCACUACUUUGAAACCAUGGAGGAUGUUGAGGUGGAAAAUGAAAAUGGCAAAGAUAUUUUCAGAAUUUACUGUAGUGGCUCCGAUGGUCCUGUGCUGCUGCUGCUCCACGGAGGAGGCCACUCUGCACUCUCCUGGGCUGUGUUCACUGCCGUCAUAUGCAGCAGGAUCAACUGCAGGGUGGUGGCUAUGGACCUCCGAGCUCAUGGAGACACCAAAGUGAAAAAUCCUGACGAUCUCUCUGCAGACACGAUGGCCAAGGACAUUGGCAAAGUGGUGGAGGUGCUCUACGGAGACAGCCCGCCUCCGAUCAUGAUUAUUGGACACAGUAUGGGUGGGGCCAUUGCAGUUCACACAGCCACAGCGAAUCAUGUACCAUCACUGCUUGGCCUCUGCGUCAUUGACGUUGUAGAAGGUACAGCAAUGGAUGCUUUGAACAGUAUGCAGAAUUUCCUCAGGAGUCGACCAAAGACAUUUAAAUCUCUGGAGAACGCCAUUGAGUGGAGUGUGAAGAGCGGCCAGAUCCGCAACAUUGAGUCAGCACGAGUGUCAAUGGGAGGCCAGGUGAAAAAAUGUGAGGAAUCCACCAGCAGUCCAGGUGUGUCUAAAAGCAUUGGCGAAGGUAUAAUAGAAGAGGAGGAGGAUGAAGAAGGGGAAGAAGAAUCCAACAAGAAAAGGAUGAAGGAAGAUGACCAAGAGAUAAAAAAGGAAAGCAUCUUCACCUGGAGAGUGGAGCUGUCGAAGACAGAAAAAUACUGGGAUGGCUGGUUCAGAGGCCUGUCUGCUCUCUUUCUCACCUGUUCUGUACCAAAACUGCUUCUGCUCGCAGGAGUGGACAGGCUUGACAAAGACCUUACUAUUGGACAGAUGCAAGGGAAGUUUCAGAUGCAGGUCCUCCCUCAGUGUGGUCAUGCUGUCCAUGAGGACGCACCUGAGAAAGUAGCAGAUGCUCUAGCAACAUUUAUGGUUCGGCACAAAUUCACAGAGUUUAAGGAAGGAUUCCUGUGCUAAUUUCCAGUUUUCAGUCUAUAUAGCCAGCAGCCACAGAAGAAAUGUUUCAAGAUUCAUCCACAUCCUCGUACAAUUUAACAGCAAAUUAAGGAAAAUAUAACAUUAUUAUUAUUAUUAUUAUUAUUAUGCUUUUGUUAUGUUGCUUUUGUUAUAUAGAUGUUUUGCCUUUCAGCUUUGCCUUAUUCUUAUUUUAAGACACUGGGAUUUGAUUGUACCUUUCCUUUACAAUAUCUUUUUUUUUAAAUCUCUGAACUGUAAUGCUCUCUUUUGUUUAAUGUUUUAAUUUGAGUGACUGCAUCAUUGUGAAUAUGUGUUUGUAAUGUUUGAAUUCAAACAAUGAUUAAAGAUGGAUGCUGUAAUAAA